AUGUCCUUACCUUCGUUGUUAGAACGAGGAGAUCCUGUAGACGUGUGUGCUGUCGAGACAUUACCAGACGACUGGAGAAGGUCAAUCAUGCGAUAUCUUGAUAACCCUAGUGACAAACACGACUGCAGGACAAUGGUCCAUGCCUCAAAUUACUGGUUGUACCAGAAUGAGUUGUACCGGAAAGCUAAGCAUGCAUGGAUACUUGUUGCAAAUGACUACUUCACCAAAUGGGUCGAAGCAAAGUCAUAUGCCGAGUUAACGUCUAAAGAAGUUUGUAAUUUUAUAGAAGAGAAUAUCGUAACCAGAUUCGGUGCACCAGAAACAAUCAUAACGGACAACGGUACAAUCUUUACAUCCGACAGAUUCAAAGGGUACACGAUGAGUUUUAAAAUUCGGUUGGAACAGUCCACGCCGUAUUACGCACAAGCAAACGGACAGGCCAAAGUAAGUAAUAAGGUUUUAGUCGGUAUUCUUGAAAAAAUGAAAGAAGAAAAGCCUAGCAUGUGGCAUUUGAAGUCAAACAAGGCAUUAUGGGCUUAUCGAACUUCACCUCGAUCAGCAACCAUGGCAACCUCUUACGCGUUAACUUAUGGGCACGACACGGUAAAAGAUUGUUGA